AGGACGGACACAGUGGUUACAGACCCGGAUAACGGACAUAUGACUAAGAGCAACCAGUGUAUGUGUGGGAAAGUCUGCAAAAACAUCCGCGGCUUGAAGAUCCACCAAGCGAAGAUGAAGUGUUUGGAGGGAGCAGGAGCGACACAUCGCACAGGCGUUCAGCCUGGUGAGACGCAGAAGGGGCCAGGCCCGGAGUCACCCCACAGUGCCCGGAACCUCCAAGUGUUGUCGACUAAUCCCCUGAACAUUAAGUCGGACCGGAGGCGGAUCAAAUGGCCUGCAGCUAACAUGAAGUCACUGUGGAACCAGUUUGACAACGAUGUCGACCAGAUACUGGAGGCAAUGGGGAAAGGGGAAGCCAGUCAGAAACUCCAGGCCAUGACAACAACCAUUGUCAACGUCGCAGCUGAACGGUUUGGUGAGGAGGAGAAGAAACGCCCCGGAACAUCUUACUCAAAGAACCAGAGAGCUACAAAGAUUCACAACAUCAGAAAGGAGAUGAAAGCCCUGAAGUCUCAGUAUAAGGUGGUAGGGGAAGAGGAGCGCAUCGGCUUGGCCCAGUUGAUGCACAUCCUACGGAAGAAGAUUAUUGUUCUCCGCCGGGCAGAAUGGCACCGGAGGCGAUGCCGCGAGAGGGCACGAAGACGAGCUGCCUUUAUUGCCAACCCUUUCAAGUUCAUUAAAGACCUGCUGGGACAGAAACGCAAUGGCAGACUCACCUCAUCACAAGAAGCGAUAGACCAACACCUCACACAGAAGUACAUUGAUCCCGAGAGAGAUCAGGAGCUGGGAGAGAGUAGCACCAUUAUUGAUCCCCCUGAGCCGGAGGUGCAGUUUGAUAUGACAGAGCUCCAGCUGAAGGAAGUCAGAGAAAUUGUCCAUAAAGCAAGGGCUAGCUCUGCUUCCGGACCUAGUGGCACUUCAUACAAAGUGUACAAGAACUGCCCUAAACUCCUGCUACGCCUCUGGAAAACUCUGCGAGUCUUCUGGAGGAAAGGGAAGAUCCCAGACCAAUGGCGCGCAGCGGAAGGGGUGUGGAUUCCUAAGGAGGAAAACUCCACCCAGUUAGACCAGUUCCGUAUCAUCUCCUUGCUCUGCGUUGAGUCGAAGAUCUUCUUCAGUGCCAUUUCCAAACGGCUGUGCACCUACCUAAUAAAGAACACCUACAUCGACACAUCAGUCCAGAAGGGUGGAAUCUCAGGGAUGCCGGGCUGUGUGGAGCAUACUGGUGUGGUGUCACAGCUAAUCCGGGAGGCUAGAGAAAACAACGGGAACCUGUCAGUGCUAUGGCUCGACUUGGCAGAUGCUUUUGGCUCCAUUCCACACAAGCUAAUCCAGCUCACGCUGUUGAAACACCACGUCCCCAGCAGGUGUAGAGACAUCAUCACUGACUAUUAUAACAACUUCAGGAUAAGGGUCUCUUCAGGAGCAGUGGAAUCCAGCUGGCACAAGGUGGAGAUAGGCAUUAUCACAGGGUGCACUAUCUCAGUGACUCUCUUCACCUUGGCCAUGAAUAUGCUCAUCAAGGCUGCCGAGCCGGAGUGCAGAGGGCCCCGAAUGAAAUCCGGACAACGACAGCCACCCAUCAGGGCUUUCAUGGACGACCUUACAGUCACCACGGAAUCCAUUGCAGGCUGCAGGUGGAUUCUAAAGGGACUUGAGAAGCAGGUGGAGUGGGCCCGGAUGCAUUUCAAACCUGCCAAGUCUAGAUCCAUGGUGCUGAGGAAAGGAAAGGUAGAGGACAAGUUCAGGUUUUACAUCGCAGGCACAGCCAUUCCAACGAUCACUGAGAAGCCAAUCAAGACCUUGGGCAAGGUAUUUGACAGCUCUCUGAAAGACAGAGCAUCCAUCCAGUCAACCUGCUCUGAGCUGGAUGGCUGGCUGAAGUCUGUGGACAAGUCCGGCCUACCUGGAAAAUUCAAAGCCUGGGUCUACCAGCACGGCAUUCUACCCAGGAUCUUGUGGCCCCUCCUUGUCUAUGCUGUCCCGAUCUCCACAGUAGAGACCUUAGAGAGGAAGGUUAGCAGCCACCUUCGGAGAUGGCUAGGACUACCAAAGAGCCUGAGCAGCAUUGCUCUUUAUGGGCACAACAACAAACUGCAGCUGCCCUUCAAAUCUUUGGAGGAGGAAUUCAAGGUGACGAGAGCCAGAGAAGUGAUGCAAUACAGGGACUCAAGCGAUCCGAAGGUGGCCAACACUGGAAUAUGCGUGAGGACUGGUAGGAAGUGGAGGGCAGAGAAUGCCGUCUUAGAGGCAGAGGUAAGGUUGCAUCAUAGGGGCCUUGUGGGAGUGGUCACACGGGGACGUGCAGGGCUGGGAUCCUUUCCAACUCCUGAGUUAAACACCAGAGGAAAGGCGAGGAGGCACCUCAUACAGGAGGAGGUCAGAGCCACAGUGGAGGAGUCAAGAACAUGCAGGGCAGUGGGGAUGAAACAGCAGGGUGCGUGGACAAGAUGGGAGAAUGUGGUUGAGAGGAAAGUGACCUGGGCUGAAAUCUGGAAAGCCGAGUCUCACCGCAUUAAAUUCCUAAUCCAGGCAGUUUAUGAUGUGCUUCCAAGUCCAUCGAACUUGCACUCAUGGGGCCUGGCAGAGUCACCAGAUUGUCCUAUGUGUUCUAAGAAAGGAACCCUAGAACACAUCCUCAGCUGCUGCUCUAUGGCACUUGGAGAAGGGCGGUACCGGUGGAGGCAUGACCAAGUCCUGAAAACCAUCGCUGAAGCCAUCAGCACUGGAAUUGAGCGGGCAAAACGGUCCCGUCCCUCCAAGAAAACUAUCGCCUUUGUCAGAGCUGGGGAGCAGGCAAUCCCAGCUAGAAGACCACCAGCUGGCAUCCUGACCACCGCAAGAGACUGGCAGCUGCUGGUGGACCUCGAGCGGCAGCUGAAGUUCCCCAGACAUAUAGCUGCCACCACCCUAUGCCCAGACAUCGUCAUACUAUCAGAGGCUACCAAGCAAGCCGUGCUGCUGGAGCUGACAGUCCCGUGGGAAGAUCGGAUAGAAGAAGCCUUUGAGAGGAAGCUCUCGAAGUACACAGGACUGAUCAGCGACUGUCAACAGGCUGGUUGGAAGGCAAGGUGCUUCCCAGUGGAGGUGGGAUGCAGGGGUUUUGCGGCUCAAUCCUUGGCCAGAGCCUUCAGUAACCUGGGCAUCGAGGGAGAGAGUAGGAGGAGAGCCAUCCGCAAUGCCACCGAAGCGGCAGAGAGAGCCUCAAGAUGGCUGUGGCUCAAGAGAGGAAAACCAUGGAGCCAUGGUAGCUAGCUGCCAUCUGGACACAAGCCGGGGUCUGAUCAGCCCUGGCUGGGUCACCUGGAUGAGGGUGUAUGAUGUUGAAAGACCCGAAACACCCAGUGAUUCCAGGAACAUCACUGAAGAUGUGUCCAGAGGCAUCAGUAGA